GAAGAAGAAGAAGAAGAAGAAGAAGAAGAAGAAGAAGAAGAAGAAGAAGAAGAAGAAGAAGAAACUAGCAAGACGGCGAUCGCAAUUGCGCAGGUCUGCGUCGGUCUCGCACUAUAUGUCAGAAUUCUGUGUCUUAGAGAAACGUGUGCAGUUUUUUUUUUGUGCAAAAAAGGCCAAGUUGAAUUUCUAAUUGGGUGCAGAGCUGAACAUGUGUUAAGAGUUUUGGAGAUUUGAGCUGAGGUUUUGCUCUUUGAGUGUGAGUUUAAAUAAUUAAGCUUUAUGUGAGAUUUGUGUGUGUUAGCAACUGAACAAAAGCAAUCACUCGUAAGUGGUCACAAGCCGAUCCUCCUACAGGCUAUUGGAUGGAAAUCCUUAAAGACAUUCAUGAGAUGGAGAGACUGACAUUUGUGUUAAGAAUAAGAAACAACGUUUAUAUUGGAAGAUGGUCCAAAUGGUUCAAAUAUAUCUCAAAAUGAAUAUGAUUGUGAAAAUACCCUGCUCAAUUUUUAUGUUUGUUGUGUUGCUUGCUGUUUAUUGUCUGAAAAAAGUGAAUAAAAUCUUAGUGAAAAAAUAACCCAUGAACACAUUCAAAGUAAAUAAAACUAGCAUGAAUAGAAAACACAACUAUGCAUGUGCAACACAAGAGUAUUCAUGUUAAACACAUAUAUGUCAGAAUGGAAACCGCUAGUUUUAAUAGAACAAUAGCAUGUAAAACACUAAUAUGAAUGCAACACAGUAUGAGUGCUAACAGUAGCAGGACAAGCAGUAGGCCUACUAGGCUACUGUGACAAAAAUGAGCAAUUCCAAUAAAACAGUGAUGCUGUAUAACUUCAGUACCAGUACUUUGGUUAAUUUGCCAGCUAAAGGCGAUAGUAGUUGUUGUAGAGCCAGCAGUUUACAUCCGUCUGUAUUACUGAUUUAGAAAAAGCUAAUGGCGGACUUCGAUGAAGAGUAAAGCACUGUGGCUAUCAAAACAAGAAGCAUUUUAUGUAGGCCUAGCUCUCAUAAUCAGCAGUAUAGUGAACUAAACAAUGUCACGUAGCAAAGUAGCGUCUUAUGGUAAUGCUUGUACAUUAGUUGCAGCCGGAUACAGUGUGUACACAAAGUAUUCGCUUCUUGUGUUUAUUAUAUCCCCGCUAUUAUCUAUAUCCGCCCCAAUGCGCAUGCGCUCCCGGCGGUUCGCGGUUGCGCCAACUGGUAGAGGAUGUUGCUAGCAGCCAGUAUAGAUGCUCAGCCUUUUUCACAACAAUAACAUCAACCAAAUUUGCAUCUCCACAUACUCGAUCUGAGGAUUAUACAUUCCGAACGCUUUCGGAAACCGUGCAUUGGACCUUGGCACGCCGGAUUUCAUUCUUUAUUUUGUGGUUUCCAUCUUCUAUUGACAAUGGGAGCGGAGGGGUUUGCAGAUUUACAGGGCUCCCUUUCGCAGGAGCAGAAACAAAAAUCAUGGCUGGCCAGCUAGGCCGCAGAUGGAUUUGGUAGCUAACAGCAACGAUAUAUUUGUAUAAAAUACUGUGAGCAGGUUUGGCGCCGUUCAUAACAUUUUGUGCUAAGACUCUAGUAUUUCAAUUACACGAUUAUCGUGAACUUUGUUGUCUUUUUUGGGCCACAACGCAAGCUAGUGAGACCGCUAGCUUCACAACCUUGACUGGUUACCGUCUUGCCUUCGUAGUUGGCUCCCUUAGCAAGCUAACGAUAGCAAGCAUCGUUUGGCUAGCGAUCCUCUGAAAAGACGUUUACUGCGGGAUUUAGUCUCAUUGUUGUGUGCUCGGUAGGCCUUUUUAUCGCAAAUAUAUUUUUGCAACGUCUGCACCUGGAUGAAUGUGGGACAAAAUGGAGACCCCGACGAUUGUGUACGAUUUGGAUACCUCUGGGGGCUUAAUGGAGCAAAUCCAAACACUGCUGGCGCCCCCGAAGUCCGAGGAGGUAGAGAAGAGGAGUCGGAAGUUGGUGAGAGACGUCCGGAGGAGCGGCAGGGCUACCAACCACGACACCUGCGACAGCUGCCGGGAAGGGGGCGACUUGCUGUGCUGUGACCACUGCCCUGCAGCCUUCCACCUCCAGUGCUGCAACCCACCUCUAAGUGAAGAAAUGCUUCCCCCAGGAGAAUGGAUGUGUCACCGCUGCAAUGUUCGAAAAAAGAAGCGAGAGCAGAAGUCGGAACAGACCAAUGGCCUACCGGAGAAGUCCUCAUCCAAGCGCUCUCUGUCCCCGGCCGUGGAGCUGGAGCUCAACACCGGCCCACUGCGGCUCGAUGGCCUGCCCCCGGGGGCUGGGGCGGCGGGGCCCGGUCUACGAGUGGCCCAGGUACGCCUCUUGGAGCGCAGGACCAGCAGCAGGCCAAGCAGUCGACCGGGAACGCCCACCUCAAACACUUCGUCCACCCCGACCCCGUCGGAGGAGCAGAACGACGGGGAGGAGGAGGCAGGAGAGCCUGAGGAUGAAGUUCAGGGCUCAGAGCACGAGGGUGCUACGCUAUCGACUCCAACUCCACGCCUCCUCAAGAGGCCCUUUCAGCUGCUAAUAGCAGCAGCCAUGGAGAGAAACCCUACACAGUUCCAGCUACCCAGCGAGCUCACCUGCACCACUGCACUGCCAGGCAGCAGUAAACGGAGAAGAAAAGAGGAGCUUCUAGGGAAGCCAUUCAGGAGGCCGCAGCAUGAACUGGAUCCCAAUGGUCUGGUCCCUUUACCAGUGAAAGUCUGCUUUUCAUGCAACAGGAGUUGCAGGAUUGCUCCACUGAUCCAGUGUGACUACUGUCCUCUUCUGUUCCACAUGGACUGUCUGGAUCCUCCACUUACAGCUUUACCUGCUGGGAAAUGGAUGUGUCCAAACCAUGUUGAGCACUUAGCGCUGAAUCAGAGGAACCUGAGUCUCUCCAGUCGCUGUCAGCUCUUUGACCAUUUCCAGGACAGGAUGUCGCAGCACGCCGUCAAGUUGGACUUCUUGCGUAGAGUCCAUCGACAGAACGCUCCCAACCGGCGCACAACCCACCAGCACAACAAGAAGACCUUCAAGGUGCCAGAUGCCAUCAAGUCCCAGUACCAGAACCCACCCCCCAUGCUGCUUCCUGCAGGUGUGCGUCAGUUGGAGCUGGUCUGUAGCGGUGUGCCAGCCCAUCCCAGCUCAAAGCACCUGACCUCAGAGGCUGACCAACAGGAGUGGCUUCAGGAUGUCAUCGCCCUCCAGUGCAGCAUCAUGCGGCACCUCUCUAUAAAGCAGAAGGCUCUGUCCGCGGCCCCCACCCUGUCAUCAGCAACACCGUCAGCAGAGUGGGUGUCUGAGCAAAAGGCCCCAUCACGUGUUAUACCAGAGGAAACCAAAACCCAUGGAAGGACUCCACCACUAGCCCCCUGCUCUAAACCCUGUGGUACAUCGAAUGACCCCCAGGGGGCCUCUCUGUCAGAGGUCUGUAAAUGUGGCAUGAAACCAUGUCAGAACUGUAGGAAAGCCAACGGGCCUCUAGAAGAGCCUCCUAAAGCUAACGGACCUUUAGACUGUAUCAGCAGCUCAGACUCCUGCAGGCAGGCUGAGCUGCAGCAUAGACUGAAGCCCGGCGCAACCCCCCCAGACCCGGCCCCUUCCCUUGGGCUGGUGAACCACAUAGUAGCUGAAACGGUUAAACAGGAGCCUGAGGGCACUACGGAGGCCUGCGCUCAGAAAACAGCCCCCACCGCCCUGACGAUAUGGCCCCACGGGGUCCAGCAGAACCACAGGAGCCAGGCGGAGCAGCAACGUGGGGAGGGUACGAAGAGCGACCAGAAACCCACCUACUCCAUCACCAGCAAAGACGCUCCACCUAAAGGCAGCCAGGAGCAUGAGCCAACCAAGCUGGGGUUUACAUCGCCCUCUCCAGACAUAAAGGCUGCUGCUGGGCUGAUGGGCUCACUACUGUCCAGCUGCAUGAAAGAUGGAAAGGAUGACGAAAGAGGGAUUGAGCUGGACAAACUGGACGCAGAGAUGAUCAAGCUCCUGGCCUGGCAGAGGAUCCAGCAGCUCUUCCCCCCCAAAGUUCCCAGCUCUCCGCCCCCCCCCAGCAUCACGGCUGCCCCCAAAACCCCACCCCCACCCCCCUGCCCCGAAGGCCAGAAGAAGGUGCAGGCCAGAGCGGUGUUCUACCCCCUCACAGGAAAAGGAGGAGCUGUCAACAUGUGCUAUAGGACGUUAUACAUAGGAUCAGGUGCUGACAUGGAUGUGUGCCUUGCCAACUACGGGCAUUGCAACUACAUAUCGGGGAAGCACGCUUGUAUUUUCUAUGACGAGAAUACCAAGCACUACGAGCUGCUCAACUACAGCGAGCACGGCACCACGGUGGACAACGUCCUCUACUCCUGUGACUUCUCUGAGAAGGCCUCGCCGUCUCCACCCAGCGGCCUGGUGGCUAAAGUGCAAGGCAUCAUACGUCGCAGUAAGAAACGCGAGAAUGACGAGGGUCCCAGCUCCGUGGUGGGGUUGUUCCCGGCCGGAGGAGUGAUGAGCAGCCAGCCUCAGGGCGGGGGCGAGCUGUCGUGCAGCUGCAAGGCAAGCAGCUCCAGCCUGAUAGGAGGCAGCGGGGCGGGGUGGGAGGGCACGGCGCUGCUGCACCACGGCAGCUACAUCAAGCUGGGCUGCCUCCAGUUCCUCUUCAGCAUCACAGAGUUCGCCAGCAAGCAGCCCAAAGAGGAGCAGACCCCCCCUGCAGCCAGCUUCACCAGCAGCAGCAGUACCAUAACCCCCAUCACCUCCACCACAACCUUCACACCCCCCCCACCCAACACUGCCACAGUGAGCAGCCCGUCCAGCCAGGAUGAGACCGACACUGAGACUGCCCCCCCCCACCAAGUGCCCACACUGCACCCCAACUCUAUUCCAUAACCUGCACAGGAAGUCCCGCCCUCCCUCCUUUUUGUUUUGCACCUGCCGAGUCACAAUGAAGGGAAAGCUGCACAGCUGGUUGGUCAACAGGGAAAAGUUUAUUUUUUCAUUUUUAAUGGUUUAUAUCUUUGCAUGACUUGAAGUAUUAUUGACAAUCUCUUCCUUUUUUUGAAUGACUGACCAGUAACCCUCUGUUCACUUCAGACCGUUAGGACUUUGAGCUUUAUUUACGCUCAAUCUUUCUUUUGCCAGUAUAUUGGUCAUGUAUGGUGUAACAUUAUUUUGUCAGUCAGCCUAUUUAGUACAAAACCUUUUUUUGUAGUAUUGAAUUCCAUACAUUCUGAUUUAUUUUUGCUGCUUUUGCACCAUAGGUAGCUAUAUAUGUAUGAAAACAUACAUGCUUAUACACUAUAAUAUGUAUAUAUAAUGUAAAUAUAUAUAUAUAUAUAUAUAUAGUUCAAUGCCUCUCAAUUGGAGAAACGUUGGAUUUCUUGUACAUUUACCAUUUUUUGGUUUUUAACUGUACAGUUCAUGGAAUUUGUGAUACUGUGUAGAGUACCAGAAGUUUUGUGAUGAAGCUCGUUCUUAGUCUGUACUUUCCGCUGUAAUUCAUCUGUAAAUACUGUAUCGUUUUAGCACUCAUUUUAACAUCUUGUGCAGCUCUGUAUAUAAGCACUCUUUGUCUGUUCUUGCUUGUCUGUUCAAACGUGUAAAUACAGAAAGAUUUUCUAAGAACAAUCUCAACGGA